CACUCUAGCAUUUCAUCAUGUGUGUUUAUGUCGAUGUAUACACUGCUAUGCUAUGGUGGAUUUAUUUAUUUCUAAAUGCUGUAUUGUGCUAUGUAGGAUCCUGUUUCAAAGGCUUUAUUGCGCUGUAGCAAUAUAGAAAUGAUUUGAUUUCAGCAUUUUUUGUCGGUCGUCCAUUUCUGAUAACAUUCUUAAUAAUGUGAUUUAUGCACUAAUAUGUGCUGAAAUUAAGUUUCAUUGGUUGAUAUAUGCACCGUCAGUGCACAUAUUGUCACCCUCUGGUUCUGGUUGUUGAGAAAUUAAUUAGACUAUUAUAUGCUACCUACUACGUGUAUAUCUCUGUUUCCAUUCAUCAAAUACAUAAAUUUAUAUAACUUUCCUGAAUUUAAAAGGAAAUUAUCCUGCUCCAGCUCCAGUGGAGCUGAGCCAAAAGCUUUGUGGUUUUCCAAGUUAGUAAUUUGGUUGGAAAAAGAGACUGCUGCUUUUGUUGGGGCUGCAAACUUCUGUCAAAUCAAUAUUUUGUUUUUGUCUUAAUGAUCACCUUACCUAUGCCUGAUUUUUCAACUUUUGUUCAUUGUGCAUUUGCAACAUGUCCAAUGAUGCAUAUGUCAAGUGUGUAACAUUUAAAAACUUACAGUUAUUGAUUGCAGGAAGUGGAAGUAAGGUUGCAUCUUUGACAGGAUGCAACAACUCAUGGUGGCUGCUGACACUACUACCCUAAGUUAUUGGUGGAAUUGGAGGACUGUGCUCUGUGCAACUUGGGUCCUGACGUCCAUAGUUGUAGGACUAGUUUUAAUAUGGAAAUAUGAAUCUUCAGCGGGGGACAAUUCUGAAUCCGAUGGAAGGGAGAAGUGGCAAGAGAAAUCUUGGCUUUUCUGGUUUGAUGAGGCUUGGAGACCAUGUGUGAAAGAAUUACACCCAGUUAUUUUGAUGGUUUUCCGAUUAGUUGCAUUUAUUUUACUGGCAGCAGCACUUACUGCUGAUGUCGUUGUUCAUGGUGUUGACCUGUUUUUCUAUUAUACUCAGUGGACAUUUAUGUUGGUUACCAUUUACUUUCUGUUUGGAUCACUGUUUUCUAUUUAUGGGUGCUACCUCCAUUACAAAACAACAGAAAAUUUCAAUGAUUGUAUACGGAUGGAUGAGGAGCAGAGUUUGCAUAUAGCUCUCUCUGGUAAAGGAUAUCUGCAGGGAGUGAAAACUGGGGACUUCCAUAGGAAACUACUUGUUCCAAAAAGUAUUGGACUAUGUGGCUACAUCUUUCAAAUUUUCUUUCAGAUGACUGCUGGAUCGGUGAUGCUUACUGAUAUUCUGUACUGGACUGUCAUUUUCCCAUUUCUUACUAUCAAAGAUUACGACUUGAGUUUUUUGACAGUGGUUGCACAUACACUUAAUGGUAUCCUGCUUCUCGGCGAUAUAGCAAUGAAUUGCUUGCAAUUCCCUUGGUUCCGGAUUGCUUACUUUCUCAUAUGGACUGGUAUUUAUGUCAUUUUCCAAUGGAGUGUUCAUGCCUGUGUAUCAACUUGGUGGCCAUACCCAUUUCUUGACUUGUCCUUAACAUCUGCUCCCUUGUGGUAUUUGGUGGUCGCAUUAAUGCAUAUCCCCUGCUAUGGGGUAGUUGUACUUCUUGUUAAACUCAAAAGAAGUAUAUUGUCAAAAUGGUCCCCUCAAUCUUCCCUCAGAUGAGAUGUUAAACCCAAGCAGGAUGAUGCUGAAUUUCAGUGUCAACAUUGUACAAGAGUUUUGAGGGAUUUUGUCCACAUUUCAGCAUCAAACAAGUUCCACAUUUGGUUUCAAAAAAAAAAAAGUUCCACAUUUUAUAGGAGUCUGCAUAAACCAACCUUUUGAAGUUUUGGUUUACAAUGGCAGAGUUGUCCACUUGUGUUCGCCUUUAAAAUUUUUUUUUUCUUGAAAUGUAAUUUAAUUCCUUGAUAAGUUUACACACUGUAAAAUUAGAGUGUCAUAGCUCAUUGUGUGUGUUUUGCUUCUAAAUGAAUAGAUUAUGAUACUUUAGUCUAUUAAAA